CCUACCACAACAACCACUUUAGCUCCUACAACAAACAUUGUUGUUCUUACAACCGCAACAUCUGCAGCACCUUCUACAACAACUACAACUUCAGCUCCUACAAUAACCACAACUGCACCCACUACAACACCUGCAGUUCCUACAACUGUAGCUCCAGCGACCACUACACCUGAUAUACUUUCUACAACAAUCAUAACGACAGCUCCUGCUACAACAACUGUAGCUUCUACGUCAACCACAGCAGCUGUCUCUAUGACAACCACCUCAGCUCUAACUAAAACAACUGCUUCUCCAACGACCGCUACAACUCCAGAACCUAUUACGACAGAACCUACUCCUACGACUGCUACGACUGCAGAACCUACCACGACAGCAACGGCAGCUCCUACUACAACAUCUGCUGUUCUUACGACAGCAACUACUGCAGCAACUUCUACAACAAGUACAACUUCAGCUCCUACGACAACCACAACAACAGCACCCACUACAACACCUGCAGUUCCUACCACUGUAGCUCCAGCGACCACUACACCUGAUGUACUUACUACAACAAUCACAACUACAGCUCCUGCUACAACACCUGUAGCUUCUACAUCAAGCACAGCAGCUGUCUCUACGACAACCACUGCUGUUCUGACUACAACAACUGCUGCUCCAACAACCACUACAACUCCAGAACCUACUACGACAGAACCUACUCGUACGACUGCAACAACUGCAGAACCUACCUCAACAACUACUUUAGCUCCUACAACAAACAUUGUUGUUCUUACGACCGCAACAACUGCAGCACCUUCUACAACAACCACAACUUCAGCACCUACGACAACCACAACAACAGCACCCACUACAACGCCUGCAGUUCCUACAACUGUAGCUCCAGCUACCACUACACCUGAUGUACUUUCUACAACAAUCAUAACUACAGCUCCUGCUACAACAACUGUAGCUUCUACGUCAACCACAGCAGCUGUCUCUAUGACAACCACCUCAGCUCUAACUAAAACAACUGCUGCUCCAACGACCGCUACAACUCCAGAACCUAUUACGACAGAACCUACUCCUACGACUGCAGAACCUACCACGACAGCAACGGCAGCUCCUACUACAACAUCUGCUGUUCUUACGACAGAAACUACUGCAGCACCUUCUACAGCAAGUACAACUUCAGCUCCUACGACAACCACAACAACAGCACCCACUACAACACCUGCAGUUCCUACCACUGUAGCUCCAGCGACCACUACACCUGAUGUACUUACUACAACAAUCAUAACUACAGCUCCUGCUACAACAACUGUAGCUUCUACGUCAACCACAGCAGCUGUCUCUACGCCAACCACUGCAGCUCUUACUACAACAACUGCUGCACCAACAACCACUACAACUCCAGAACCUACUACGACAGAACCUACUCGUACGACUGCAACGACUGCAGAACCUACCACAACAACCACUUUAGCUCCUACAACAAACAUUGUUGUUCUUACAACCGCAACAACUGCAGCACCUUCUACAACAACUACAACUUCAGCUCCUACAAUAACCACAACAACAGCACCCACUACAACACCUGCAGUUCCUACAACUGUAGCUCCAGCGACCACUACACCUGAUGUACUUUCUACAACAAUCAUAACUACAGCUCCUGCUACAACAACUGUAGCUUCUAAGUCAACCACAGCAGCUGUCUCUACGACAACCACCUCAGCUCUAACUAAAACAACUGCUUCUCCAACGACCGCUACAACUCCAGAACCUAUUACGACAGAACCUACUCCUACGACUGCUACGACUGCAGAACCUACCACGACAGCAACGGCAGCUCCUACUACAACAUCUGCUGUUCUUACGACAGCAACUACUGCAGCAACUUCUACAACAAGUACAACUUCAGCUCCUACGACAACCACAACAACAGCACCCACUACAACACCUGCAGUUCCUACCACUGUAGCUCCAGCGACCACUACACCUGAUGUACUUACUACAACAAUCAUAACUACAGCUCCUGCUACAACAACUGUAGCUUCUACGUCAACCACAGCAGCUGUCUCUACGCCAACCACUGCAGCUCUUACUACAACAACUGCUGCUCCAACAACCACUACAACUCCAGAACCUGCUACGACAGAACCUACUCGUAAGACUGCAAAGACUGCGGAACCUACCUCAACAACCACUUUAGCUCCUACAACAAACAUUGUUGUUCUUACGACCGCAACAACUGCAGCACCUUCUACAACAACUACAACUUCAGCUCCUACGACAACCACAACAGCACCCACUACAACACCUGCAGUUCCUACCACUGUAGCUCCAGCGACCACUACACCUGAUGUACUUACUACAACAAUCAUAACUACAGCUCCUGCUACAACAACUGUAGCUUCUACGUCAACCACAGCAGCUGUCUCUACGCCAACCACUGCAGCUCUUACUACAACAACUGCUGCUCCAACAACCACUACAACUCCAGAACCUACUACGACAGAACCUACUCGUACGACUGCAACGACUGCAGAACCUACCACAACAACCACUUUAGCUCCUACAACAAACAUUGUUGUUCUUACAACCGCAACAACUGCAGCACCUUCUACAACAACUACAACUUCAGCUCCUACAAUAACCACAACAACAGCACCCACUACAACACCUGCAGUUCCUGCAAGUGUAGCUCCAGCGACCACUACACCUGAUGUACUUACUACAACAAUCACAACUACAGCUCCUGCUACAACAACUGUAGCUUCUACGUCAACCACAGCAGCUGUCUCUACGCCAACCACUGCAGCUCUUACUACAACAACUGCUGCACCAACAACCACUUCAACUCCAGAACCUACUACGACAGAACCUACUCGUACGACUGCAACGACUGCAGAACCUACCUCAACAACCACUUUAGCUCCUACAACAAACAUUGUUGUUCUUACGACCGCAACAACUGCAGCACCUUCUACAACAACUACAACUUCAGCUCCUACAAUAACCACAACAACAGCACCCACUACAACACCUGCAGUUCCUACAACUGUAGCUCCAGCGACCACUACACCUGAUGUACUUUCUACAACAAUCAUAACUACAGCUCCUGCUACAACAACUGUAGCUUCUACGUCAACCACAGCAGCUGUCUCUACGACAACCACCUCAGCUCUAACUAAAACAACUGCUGCUCCAACGACCGCUACAACUCCAGAACCUAUUACGACAGAACCUACUCCUACGACUGCUACGACUGCAGAACCUACCACGACAGCAACGGCAGCUCCUACUACAACAUCUGCUGUUCUUACGACAGCAACUACUGCAGCACCUUCUACAACAAGUACAACUUCAGUUCCUACGACAACCACAACAACAGCACCCACUACAACACCUGCAGUUCCUACCACUGUAGCUCCAGCGACCACUACACCUGAUGUACUUACUACAACAAUCAUAACUACAGCUCCUGCUACAACAACUGUAGCUUCUACGUCAACCACAGCAGCUGUCUCUACGCCAACCACUGCAGCUCUUACUACAACAACUGCUGCUCCAACAACCACUACAACUCCAGAACCUGCUACGACAGAACCUACUCGUAAGACUGCAAAGACUGCGGAACCUACCUCAACAACCACUUUAGCUCCUACAACAAACAUUGUUGUUCUUACGACCGCAACAACUGCAGCACCUUCUACAACAACUACAACUUCAGCUCCUACGACAACCACUUCUACAACCUAUUACGACAGAACCUACUCCUACGACUGCUACGACUGCAGAACCUACCACGACAGCAACGGCAGCUCCUACUACAACAUCUGCACGAGCAACUACAUCUACAACAAAACCUAUUACGACAGAACCUACUCCUACGACUGCUACGACUGCAGAACCUACCACGACAGCAACGGCAGCUCCUACUACAACAUCUGCAGCAACUUCUACAACAAAACCUAUUACGACAGAACCUACUCCUACGACUGCAGAACCUACCACGACAGCAACGGCAGCUCCUACUACAACAUCUGCUGUUCUUACGACAGCAACUACUGCAGCACCUUCUACAACAAAACCUAUUACGACAGAACCUACUCCUAUGACUGCUACGACUGCAGAACCUACCACGACAGCAACGGCAGCUCCUACUACAACAUCUGCUGUUCUUACGACAGCAACUACUACGGCACCUUCUACAACAAGUACAACUUUAGCUCCUACGACAACCACAACAGCACCCACUACAACACCUGCAGUUCCUACAAACCCUAUUACGACAGAACCUACUCCUAUGACUGCUACGACUGCAGAACCUACCAUGACAGCAACGGCAGCUCCUACUACAACAUCUGCUGUUCUUACGACAGCAACUACUGCAGCACCUUCUACAACAAAAACUAUUACGACAGAACCUACUCCUAUGACUGCUACGACUGCAGAACCUACCACGACAGCAACGGCAGCUCCUACUACAACAUCUGCUGUUCUUACGACAGCAGCUACUACAGCACCUUCUACAACAAAACCUAUUACGACAGAACCUACUCCUAUGACUGCUACGACUGCAGAACCUACCACGACAGCAACGGCAGCUCCUACUACAACAUCUGCUGUUCUUACGACAGCAACUACUACAGCACCUUCUACAACAACUCCUGCUACAACAACUUUAGCUUCUACGUCAACCACAGCAGCUGUGUCUACGCCAACCACUGCAGCUCUUACUACAACAACUGCUGCUCCAACAACCACUACAAUUCCAGAACCUGCUACGACAGAACCUACUCCUCCUACGACAACCACAACAACUGCACCUACUACAACACCUGCAGUUCCUACAACUGUAGCUCCCACGACCACUACACCUGCUUUACUUACUACUCCGAUCUCAACUUCAGCUCCUGCUAUAACAACUGUAGCUUCUACGGCAACCACAGCAGCUGCCUCUACGACAACCACUGCAGAUCUAACUACAACAAGUGCUGCUGCUACGACGACUACAACUACAGAAUCUACUGCCACAGUACCCACUCAUAUGACUGCUAUAACUGCAGAUAUUACCAGAUCAACAACUGCAGUAGCUGCUACAACAACUGCAACUUCAGCUCCAACGACAGCCACAACAACAGCACCUACUACAGCACCUGCAGUUCCUACAACUGUAGCUCCUAUGACCACUACACCUGCAGUACCUACUGCAAUAAUUAUAACUACAGCUCCUGCUACAACAUCUGUAGCUUCUAUGUCAACCACAGCAGCUGCCCUUAUCACAACCACUGCAGCUCCUUUGACAACUACAGCUCUUACGAAAACAACUGUAACUCAUAUGACAACUGUAGCACCUAUUUUGACAACUACAACUGA